GGUCCAGAGCCGCUGACACCGGGGGCCCCACACGAAUCCCCCUCUCUCCUGUCUUAAUUCUUAAACCCCAACCCCUCCUCGCCUCGCUUCUCCUCCUCCGCUCCUCCCGCCGCCGACAUCGCCGGAAAAAUGAGCCAAGAAGGGGAGGAGCACUACGCCGACAGGAUGGCGGAGUUCCUGCGCGCCAGCGGCGGCGCGGCCGUGAUGGACGGCGGGCUGGCGACGGAGCUGGAGGCCAACGGCGCCGACCUCAAGGACGCGCUCUGGAGCGCCAGGUGCCUCUUCACCUGCCCCGGCCUCAUCAGGAAGGUUCAUUUAGACUACCUUGAAGCUGGAGCAAGUGUUCUGAUAACAGGAUCCUAUCAGGCUACAAUUCAGGGUUUCCUUUCAAAGGGAUUUUCUCAGGAGGAAAGCGAAUCAUUCCUGAGAAGGAGUGUUGAACUAGCAUGUGAAGCACGAGCUAUUUACCUGGAAAAAUGUUCUAAUGGUUCAGAUGAGGACAAAAACAAAACUAAGUACAGAAAGCGCCCAAUACUAGUUGCGGCUUCUGUUGGUUCUUAUGGAGCAUACCUAGCAGAUGGCUCUGAGUAUAGUGGUGACUACGGUAAAGAGGGCAAUUUGGAGUUUCUCAAGAAUUUUCAUCGGAGGAGGCUUCAAGCCCUUGCUGAAGCAGGUCCAGAUGUUAUUGUUUUUGAAACUAUCCCAAACAAAAUCGAGACUCAGGCCUAUGUUGAGUUACUAGAGGAGUGCAAAUUAUGUAUUCCAGCGUGGUUUGGUUUCACUUCAAAGGAUGGAACUAACGUAGUAAGUGGCGAUUCCCUGAUAGAGUGUGCCUCUAUUGCUGAUUCAUGCAAGGAAGUUUCUGCAGUCGGUAUCAAUUGCACUCCCCCAAGAUUUAUCCAUGCAUUAGUUUUGUCCAUCCGGGAGGUGACAAAUAAACCAAUACUAAUAUAUCCAAAUAGUGGCGAGAGUUAUGAUCCUAUAAGAAAGGAAUGGGUGGCUUGCUCGGGCAUUUCAAACGAAGAUUUUGUUUCAUAUGUCAGAAAAUGGCAUGAGGCUGGAGCCUCCUUGAUAGGGGGUUGCUGCAGAACAAGCCCUGAUACGAUAAGAGGCAUAUCGAAAGCUCUACAUGGAGUUUAGUUGAUGGAGAUUGGUUAAGAGUCGAUAGCUAGUUUUUGGAACAUUUGCUAACUCACUCUAUUUGCCCGAUGUGACACAGUUCUUAAUUGGUCAGAUUCCUUUACGAAUUUGAAUAGCUGCUGAGGACAAGGAUUUAGGAAAAACUAAUGUUGUGUUCUUCUUUCAUUAAUUUGUACCAUUAAUUUGUACCAGCACCCUUUUUAAAUAUUGAUGGGGAAAUGCGGCCAAAUUUUGGUUUAAAAGGAGUUGCUGCA